AUGCAAGCGGCAUGUCAAAUGGUUACAUGCAAAUUUCCGCACAUCGCAACGAUUGGAUGUGCUGCUUAUGGGCUGAAUCUGCUCCUGAAUGAUCUCAUGAGGCUAGAAACCUUGGAGAAGGUUCAUCAGACAUCCAGAGAAGUGAUCAAGUGCGUGAAGCAGACUCACGUAGUUGCUGCCACGUUCCAACAGAAGCAAGAGUCCAGAGAUGGCAAAGGAAGUUCCACGACCCUCAAGCUGCCCAGCAAGACAAGAUGGGGCGGCGUUACUCUCUCACUUCAAAGCUUGCUCAGGAACAAAGAAGCUCUGCAAGAGACGGUGAUAUUGGAAGAUACGAAAGUAAACAAAUCAGUGCGGCAAGCCGUCUUGGACGAGGAUGGACUCUGGAAACCCUUGCGCAGCUGUUUGGAACUGGUGACACCCAUUUCUUCUGCCAUUACAGAAUUGGAGUCGGACAAGGCUUUGCUGCCGGACGUUUCGGAAGUUCUCCAUUCCGUAAAAACCGAAGUAAUCACGAAACUGGCGACCAGCACUUUAACAGACCAGGAGAAGGCUCGCGCAAAAGAGAUCAUGAGCAAGCGUGGAAAGUUUUGCUUGCGACCCAUUCACGUCGCUGCUAACUUGCUGGAUGCAAGAUAUAGGGGGAGAAACCUUGAUGACGCACAGAUUGCAGGCACAUUUGACUGGAUCUCCAAGCAGGCUGAGCACCUUUCGCUUGACAUCGGGAAGCUGCUUUCUAAUCUCGAAGAAUAUAGGGCGUCUACGGGGAUUUGGUCCAGGGCAGCACUUUGGGAGUCUGCGAAGCACGUGGAACCAUCCACCUGGUGGCAAGGACUCUGCACUAACCAGCCAUUGACACCCCUGGCAUGUCGGCUUUUGCAGAUUCCCCCAUCGUCUGCAACGUGUGAACGAAACUGGUCUCAGUUUGGGAAUGUAGAUAAAGAAGUGCUCAACCGGCUUGCAGGUGAACGUGUAAAAAAACUUGUGUAUGUGCACUCGAAUCUGAACCUGAAAAAUUCUUCGACCGACGUGAACGCGAGUGUUCCUCUAUCCAGCGAUUCUGACUCGGGAUAA